GCUCUCAAACCGGAGUGCCAGCUGCCCGUCCUGGAAGGAUGCCAAGCGUGCAUGACUUUUUAUCCCCGAGCCUGUGGCUCCUUGCGAGGCAAAUUGGCCACCUAUUUCCUGUCUUGCAUGGAUGCCGAAACGCCUCACCUGCAGCAGCUGGCCUGCGAGUGCUACGCGCUCCUGCCUUCCCUGGGCGCAGGAUUCGCACAGGGGUUCAAGUACCGGGAGUCGUGGGAGCAGCAAGCGCAUUCUCUGGUGGCCACCCUGCACCGCCUCCUGGGCACGCUGUACGAGGGGGCCGAGACGGAACCGCCGCACUACGACGGGCCUGGCGAAGAGGUCGUGCUGCCACCGUGGGAGGACGAGGCCAGCCCGCUGCUCCUGGCCAAACACCGCUUUGCGGCCUUGGCCAAUUGCCUCUGCCGGAUGCUGAGGAACGAUUUUGGGGCACCCGUGGCGGUCCCCGCCCAGGCCAUCCUGGACCUCGUUUGCCGAGCCCUCGACGUCUCGGUCAAGAGUAUGGUGAGGAGGGACUGCGGCCCCCGCUUGGUGCGUUUCGGGGGAGCCCUCGUCCGCCUCUUCCCGCAGGUGCUGAACACUUGGCGAGCCGGCCAGGAGUUCCCUUCGCCCGGGCUGCAGCGGCCUUACAGCGCGGUUCGGGCCCGGCUGUACCAGGUGCUGGAUCUGUGGGUCCAAGUGGCCGGAGCGGCCUCGGGGCUCCUUCUGGGGCACAGCAGCCAAAGCGACGCCCUCCUGGGACACUUGAUCCAGGACAUCAGCCCCCCGAGCGACGCCCUGAAGAUCCAGCCAAGCCCCGCCUUGGAGGGGAAACCCAGCGCCGCGAAGAAAGCCAAACUCUCUCCGGCGAGCGGCCUGGGCUGCCCGUUCCGCAAGCACGACCCUCAGGCCAACAGCGACGUGUGCCUGGCGGCUCUGCAAGGCCUGAGCCGGGCCAUCCUCACCUCGGGCAGCCUGAUGAGAGAGCAGCUACACACGAGGCUGCAAGAGCUGGCCAUCCCGCUGCUGAUCCGGCUGGGCCAGGCCGACCUGCCUCUGGGUUCCCCCUACGCCAGCGCCGGCUGCCGACGCGAACUCUACCGUCUGCUGCUGGCCCUCAGCCUGGCGCCCGCCCCUUCCUGCCCGCCGCCUCUGCACUGCGCCGUCCGGUUGCUGAGCCAGGGCCGGACGGAUCCCAACCUCCUGGUCUCGUCCUUCUGCACGGAGGCCUCGGUCAUCUGCAACGCCCUACUACACCCUCGCGUGCCCUCUCUGCAGAUGCCGCUCCCCGGCCCUCCCGCUCACCUGCCGGGCUCCUCGCAGGUCUCCCCGGCGGUGGCGGCGGCGGCCGCAGCGGCUGCCAGCCUGUCCCCCUUCUGCCCGGCCGUCCCAGGGCCUUUCCCCGCCCUCCGGCCGCUCCCUCCGGCCCCCGGGCCUCUCCCGGCUAGCUUGCUGGGCCUCCCCUUGUCGGGGCUGACCGCUCCCCCGCUGCCUCCCCGGCUUCUCCCCGAGGAUCCCCUUCCCCCUCCCUCCCCGGGCCCCGGCGAGGCGUCGGCCCUGGGCCCCGGCGCCAAGCUGCGGCGCUCCGUCUUCGUCCAUUACGACAAGGAGGAAGAGGAGGACGUGGAGAUCUCGCUGGAGAGCGACUCGGACGACAGCGUGGUCAUCGUGCCCAAGGGGCAGCUGGGGAAGGCGGCCGUUGCUGUUGCCGCGGCCCCGAACUCGGCCCCGGGGCCCGCGCCUCCCGCCCCACCGCCCCCGCCCGCCCCGCCCGCCCCCCCUCCUCUCCCCACACCCCCUUUGGUGGCCUGUGAGGAGGCCGCCCCAGAGCCCCCGGCGGCCCUGACUCUGGCGAUCCCCCCGCCGGCCCCGGCCGCACCGGUCCUGCCGCCUUCCCCGGUGGCCGUAGCCGCCGAAGCCCCCUUGCCUCCGGCGCUGCUGGAGGAGGACCCCACCGUCAUCAACAUCAACAGCAGCGAGGAAGAGGAGGAGGAGGAAGAGGAGGAGGAGGAUUUCCCCGAGGACGAAUUCCUGGACGAGGAAGAGGAGGAG